AAUAAUCAUUGCCUUUUUCUGUUUCUUUGGUUCUAUCGAUCAAUUCUAGUAGACCCAUCACAUGUGUCCAAUUUUAUUACUGCAUGCCCCAUUACUGAAAAUGCGUGUAACUUUUCUAAUUGUUGCAGUUUGAUGCUCCUCUCGCACCAACCAAGUUUCCAAUAUCAAGUCAAACUUUAAUAUAUAAGAUAAGAUUUCCAAUCUCAUCUUGGGUAUAGAAAUUUCGAGUCUUAUAGCAAAUGGGUCCAUUUUCAAUCAAUAAGCUACAGCUAUUGAAUUAAUCAACCGCAUCAAACCCACCUAAGAAAUAUUAAUAGUAAUUAUUAUAACCUAGCUACCAUCUCUCUCUAAUCUCUAUAUAAAGUCUUAAGUAAACAUAUAUCUUCCACCAAAGCAACAAAGAAUAAUAAUAUAUCCUCAGCCAAAGCACAAGAGCCAUGGCCUGUAACAAGAGCUUUUCCAGCAAUUAUUUUCUGUUGACGCCAGAAGAAGUUGGCUUCUUUGAUCUGAUUCACAUUUUGUUCUCCACCACCAAGUUUAAGGAAGGAAAUAAGUUUUUAGAUAUGUCUAAGGUAGAGGAGAUCAACUUCAGGCGCAGAUGGUUUAUAUUUCUGUCCAUUUUGGGUCAAAAAUUUAUGCAGUUUGUGUCAAAGCCACUCUCAGAGCUGGGGUCGGGGAUCGAAGUGGCUUUGAACCUUAUAGCAAGCAACCGCAAUGUGUUUGUGCUCAUGCUCAAUUUCCUCCGAGGGAGGGCGGUAAAGCCAGAUAAAACAUCGGCAACAUUUCUGUCAUUUAUAGGGAUUAUAGACAAGCGGGUGGAGUUGGACAGUAGCAUCAAACAUGAUGAUGCCAACUACCAUGCAGCACUCUCUGCGAUGGCUUCUAAAGCAUCAUAUGAAAACAGUGCAUGCAUUGAAACUAUUGUCAAGAAUCACUGGAAGAUGGAGUUCUUGGGAUUUUAUGACUUCUGGAAUGAUUAUCAGGGAAAAGCCACGACACAAGCCUUCUUGCUUCGUGACAAAACUUGUGACCAAGACACAAUUGUUGUGGCCUUUAGAGGAACUGAACCCUUUGAUGCAGAUGCAUGGUGCUCUGACUUUGACUUCUCCUGGUAUGAGCUUUACGGGGUUGGCAAAAUUCAUGGUGGCUUCAUGAAAGCUUUAGGGUUACACAAGAAUGAUGGUUGGCCUAAGGAAGAAGUCAAACAAGAUGGUAAUCCACCCCGACCCCGAGCUUACUAUGCCAUUAGGGACAUGCUAAAUAAACUUUUGAAGCAAAAUGAUGAAUCAAGAUACAUAGUGACAGGCCAUAGUCUCGGUGGGGCUCUAGCAAUUCUGUUUCCAGCGAUUUUGGCUAUGCAUGAUGAGGCAUGGUUAUUGGAGAGAUUGAAGGGGGUAUAUACAUUUGGGCAGCCAAGGGUAGGAGAUGAGAAAUUUGGAGAGUUCAUGGAAAAACAAUUGAAAGAGCGUCGCGUUCCAUAUUUUAGAAUUGUUUAUGGUAAUGAUAUGGUGCCUAGGUUGCCUUUUGAUGACAAUGCCUUGAUGUACAAGCACUUUGGGACAUGCCUCUACUAUAAUAGGCACUAUGAAGUGAAGAUUGUUGAAGAAGAACCAUAUAGGAAUUACUUCUCACCAUUGGGCGCAAUACCCAAGAUGAUAAAUGCUUUCUGGGAGCUGUUUAGAAGCUUCACUAUUUCAUACACCAAGGGAUCAGGCUACAAAGAAGGGUGGCUUCUAAUUAUUUUUAGGAUAAUUGGUUUGGUACUUCCAGGCGCCCCAGCUCAUAGCACCCAAGAUUAUGUUAAUGCCACCCGUUUGGGAUCAUCGGACGUCUUCGUCCCACCUAAAUGACAUGAUAGUCCUUAAAAGUUUGAGCAGGACAUAAAGAUCCUUAAUUAGAAUAACUGUGUGAUUUUGGUAACAAAUAAGCUUAAGGUUAUAAUUUUGUCGAACUGAUAUAAUCUGGGAUGUUGAAGUUUGUAGCACUCUGGCUCUCAGUCUUGGUAAAUUUUCUAUUUUGAGAGUCAAUUACAAGUCUUGUGCAAUUGGCAUACUCGUGUGUCACUGGCAGAACCAAAAACGAGGAACACGAACAAGUCUUG